GUGGGGAAAAUAGAUUAAAUACAAGACCAAUUCAGCAUUCUUUGAGGAUCACUCAGGAACAACUUACCACUGAAGCAGUGCUGUUACACUUGUGGUCUUGUGGAACAUCUGGAAUACUGGGUACGAAGCAAACAGUAGCAAUUACCACCAGAAUUCAGCAAUGAUAUGGAUUCCAUAACAAAGAAAAACAAGCGGGAUGGAACUGAAGUUACAGAGAGACUUAUUACGGAAACUGUUACCACAAGAUUGACGUCUCUCCCUCCAAAAGGAGGUGGUAGCAGUGGACAUAAAUCAGCAGCUUAUAGUGGAGGAAGCAGUAUGGAAAGGAGGACAUAUGGUCAUGGCAGCAGUUAUACCACAGCCAGUGGGAGUGCUAGAAUGAAUACCUCCUCUUCCUCCUACAAGCAAGCCACCUCUCCUUCUUCCACUCUUACCAAAUCACCUGGCUCCACUUUUGAACGAAAAACCUAUGCUACCCACCAUCCAGCAUAUGAAGGAAGCUCCAGUGCAAAUUCCUCGCCAGAGUUUUCACGCAAAGAUUUCGGUUCUUCUGCUACCAGGGGACGAAGCCAAACCCGAGAGAGUGAAAUCCGAGUGCGGUUGCAGAGUGCUUCUCCAUCAACCAGGUGGACAGAACUGGAUGAUGUCAAGCGACUCUUACGGGGAAGUCGAUCGGCGAGUGCUAGCCCUACACGUUCCCAUUCAGGCACACUCCCUAUUCCAAAGAAAGCUGUUGUUGAAACCAAAAUGGUGACAGAAAGCUCCCAAUCAGUGUCAGGGACUUACGAUACAACAAUCUUGAAUGCUGCCCUCCCAUCAUACAUGUGGUCCUCCACCCUGCCUGCAGGGUCAUCUCUUGGUGGCUACCAUAACAACAUGACCCAAAGUUCAUCUUUGAUCAACACUGCAGCCCAUUCUACUGGAUCAGUGUUUGGCGUUCCAAACAACUUGGCCCCAACUUCAUCCACUCUGAAUGGUGGUCUUAGCAAUUCUUCCACAGUAUAUGGUGUUCAAAACAACCUGGCUCCAAACACACUUGGGAUCACAAGUACCACAACCACAGCUUCCACAGCAGCAUAUGGAACAAAGAAAAAUGCAGUGCAAAGCUCUGGUGUGACUAGUACAGGCGUGUCCACAUCAUCUACAACUGCUGCCGCAUCCACAAACUCUCAGAGUGAUGACAUCCUACGCAAAGACUGCAAAUUUCUGCUCAUAGAAAAAGAUAACGUAACCCCCAAGAAAGAGAUGGAACUGUUGAUCAUGUCCAAGGACAGCGGAAAAGUUUUUAGUGCAUCAAGCACUGGGCUCAGUGGAGGUUAUUAUGCAGAAGACACCUUACAAAAAGACAAACAAGCUAUCUCUUCUUAUGCUGGAGAUUCCUAUGUGAAAUCAGAAACAAAUGGUGGCCUUAAAUCUGUUUCCACAAAAGACAAAACCGCUGUUGCAGAAGGCAGAGGUGAUAAUGGAUGUGGAGGGGCCGGGGGUUGUCCAGCCUGGUGCCCCUGUAGCUCAUGUUGCAACUGGUGGAUGUGGCUCCUUGGAUUGCUGUUGGCCUGGCUGCUCCUUCUUGGUCUCCUUUUUGGACUUAUUGCUUUGGCGGAGGAAGUACGGAAGUUGAAAUCCCGAGUGGAGAGCCUUGAAUCACCAAUUGAGUAUCGACAAGGAAUUGGCACUUACUCAGAAAAGUUAGUCAGCCAGGGAGGCACACUCAGCAAUAUGAAUGAACAUGAACUGCGGAAUUAUUUGAGAUCUUUAAUAAGUGUGGAGAUGAAACAAGGUCAGUUCCGAGGAGAACCAGGACCAAAAGGGGAUAUUGGGAUCCAAGGACCAAAAGGAGACCCAGGACUUCCUGGUGCACCAGGGUUAAUAGGUCACCCUGGGCCAGAGGGACCAAGGGGACUAAAAGGCAGCAUGGGUGAAACUGGCCUGGAAGGCCCCAUAGGGCCAAGAGGACGAGAUGGGCCUCCAGGGCUCCGUGGGGAGCCUGGUUCCCCUGGAUUUGGAGAGAAAGGUGACAAAGGUUCUGCUGGGGAACCAGGUGUCCAAGGUCCGCCAGGUGUCCCAGGUUCUAUAGGUCCCAAAGGUCCUCCAGGAAUUCAAGGAUUUAGAGGUGAAGCAGGUAUCCCCGGUUCUAAAGGUGAAAAGGGAGCCAUGGGAGUAGCUGGACCCAAAGGUGAUCCAGGAGAGAGAGGACCCCGUGGUCUUACAGGUGAACCAGGAUCCAGAGGACUGCCUGGGCCAAUAGGUGAAGCAGGAGCUAAAGGAUCACCAGGUCCACCUGGCCCAGAUGGACAUCAAGGACCCAGAGGGGAACAAGGACUUAUGGGUAUUCCAGGUCCACGAGGACCACCAGGGCCUGCUGGAGAUGCUGGGCAACCAGGUCUCACAGGAGCACAAGGCCCACCAGGUCUGACAGGAGCUGCAGGCCGACCUGGUCCUAAAGGUGAACCCGGAGCACCUGGCCGAGUCACCAGUUCAGAUGGUGGAGCAACCGUUGCACUUCCUGGCCCACCAGGUCCACCAGGGGCUGUAGGACCUCCUGGCCCACCUGGUGUCCCAGGUCCUGUUGGCCCAGCUGGUCUUCCUGGAGCUCAAGGUCCUCGUGGUGAGAGAGGCAUUCCAGGGGAAACCACCUUUGUUGAAACCAGUAAUCCUGUAGUUGCUCCACUGGAAGCGUUGCCAAAUCUUAGAGGACCUCCAGGACCUCCAGGGCCCCCAGGUCCACCGGGAUCUCCAGGUGCCUCUGUUGAAGGACCACCAGGACCCCGUGGCCCACCAGGAGAAGGCUUACCAGGCCCACCAGGGAGACCAGGUUCUUUUGUUCCCACAUCAGAAACAUUCUUUGCUGGCCCACCAGGACCCCCUGGUCCUCCAGGUCCAAGAGGAGACCAAGGGUUGCCUGGCCCACGAGGAUUCAAAGGUGAACAAGGUCAGCCAGGUCUCCCAGGAGCCUCUGUUCAAGCAGGUACUGGCAUUUCUGUCCAAGGACCACCCGGACGUCCUGGACCACCUGGACCUAAAGGAGACAAAGGUGAUGCAGGUGUACCAGGAGCCCCUGGAAUCCCUGGAGGAGCUGGAUCCAGAAUUUCUCAGGGCCUUCCAGGUCCUCCGGGCCCUCCUGGAGCUCCAGGAAUUGGAAUUAGCUCAAUGCAAGAGAUUCAACAGUAUGUCGCUGAGUACCUUCAGAGUGAUAGUAUUGGCCGUUACCUAAUUGGACCACAAGGCCCACCUGGUCCUCCAGGACCUCCAGGAAUCAUCAUUGGUGGCGAAUCUUUGGACUAUGGUGAAUUGGCCCGUCGUGUUAUGAGCUACCUUUCCACUUCCAGUUCCUCAUCUUCUCUCUCUUCAUUCUCAUCACUGUCUUAUGAAAAUCUUCUUGCUAUGCUGCAGAGAGAGGACAUUCGAUCAUAUCUUACUGGACCUCGAGGUCCCCCAGGUCCCCCUGGGCCACCUGGACUUGGAGGAGAUAGCUUAGCUUUGUCAAUGGACUAUGAUGAGUUGACAAGACGUGUUAUCAGCUACAUGACAAGUUCUGGAACUACUAUUGGACUUCCUGGACCACCUGGUCCUCCUGGUCUGCCAGGAACAUCUUAUGGUGAUAUCUUAACUUUGCUUCAAGAUUCAGAGUUCAGAGGCAUUGUGGGGCCACCUGGGCCUCCAGGCCCCCCAGGAAGAUCAGGUAGCUCUGUUUCCACCCUUACAGCAGAGGAUAUCUCCACAUAUCUACAAAGUAUAGGAUAUUCCUUGAGUGCUGGGCCCCCCGGCCCCCCCGGCCCCCCAGGACCACCUGGCUUUUCAGGAACUGGCCUCAUUUCUCCUGACUAUGGAGUUUGGACUGACCAGUUCAGGAGUGAAUUGAUCCAAUAUCUUACAAGUGAUGAUGUACGUAGCUUCAUCAGAGGACCACCUGGACCUCCAGGACCACCUGGACCAAGAGGAGAUGGCAGCUUUAGGUCUGAAAAUUAUAGAAGCUCUGUAAAUUCAGAAGGAACAUAUGGCAGAUCUACAAGUUCUGGCUUAUCGUAUGAUGCAUCAUUAGCCACAGGAGAAUCAAGCAGCAAUUUAUUCAGAAGCAAUGGUGAAUUACGUACAGAUGAAUCUUAUGCUGGAACAUUUGGAAGAGAAGGAUCACAAAUGAGUUUAAUAGGUGCAAAAGGAUCUUUUAUGAGUUCCUAUGAUGGGUCACUGGAUUACAAUGAAUUAGCAUCCAGAGUCUCUGAAACCAUACAGAGUCGAGGCUUUCUUCAGGACAUUUUCACUUAUCAUACACAAGGCCCACCUGGACCUCCUGGGCCCCCUGGUAUUAGCAAAGUGUUUGCAUCCUAUGGCAACAUCACAGCAGACCUCAUGGAUUUCUUCAAAGCUUAUGGAACCAUUCCAGGCCCACCUGGACCACAAGGACCGAUGGGAUACCCAGGACCUAAAGGUGAUACUGGAUCGAUGGGCCCACCAGGCCCCCAAGGACCAAGAGGACCAAAAGGUGAAAAAGGUGAAUCAGUGUAUAGUGGUCGAAGGAGAAGACAAAGUACAAAAGCCUAAACUAAGAACACAAAUUAGGGCACGGAUUAUCCCAAAUAUUGUUGAUUUUUUUUAAUGCCAAGAGAUGAAACACCAAUGGCUAUUGACUUUCACUAAAGAAACAUCAAUCUGCUACAAAGACUUGGUAUUUGGGGAAUUAUUUUGCUAACAUGUUCUCUUAUGUCUAGAUUCUGGAUGGCUUUCAGAGGUUGUUAUAAUGCUAUGAUAAUUAGGAGAUAUAUCACUGAAAUAUGAGGAUUUUAUAUUUGCAUAGCCUACCCAAUUAAUCUUAUUAUCCAGACACAUCUGAAUUCCUUCAGAUAAAUAUUAGAACAUUUUCAUACAAUUUUUGAAACAUUUUUUAAAAAAUCAUUUUCAUUUUGAAAAUGAAUGAAAAGAUUAAAGGUGUGUGCUUUAUUUAGUAGGGAUGUAUCUAACAGUGCUGCAUUUAAGACAGGGGCUAAAAUCAAAAUAUUGCUAGCAGGAUGUAUAAAACAUAAGUUAUACUUUAUAUAUUUAUCCAUUCUUUCAAACCCUGUUAACUGCACUGUGAAGAAUCUUGGAAUUAAUAUUUAAGCAUUUUUGUUAGCACUGAUGCAAAAAAGUUUGCUAUGGUUUUUAUCACAUGAAAUGCCUUUUUAAUAUCAAGCUUUCUCAUUAGAUGUCAUAUGUAUUCUAGCCUUUGGUUUCUACUAAAAUUAAAGUAGUGUGUUGUUCUGAUAUGGUUAGGAGGGAAGUUUGCAAGCUAACUAUUGACUUGUUUUGUGCUUUCAAGUCAGUCUUGACUCCUGGGAAAAACAUGGACAAGUCCCAGCAGUUUUCUUGGCAACAUUCUCAGGAGUGGUUUGCCACGGCCUUCUCCCUAGGGCUGAGAGUAAGUAGUCUAGUUUCUCAAUUUCCAGUCUGGUACCUUUACUCACAACAUCAGACUGGUUUUCAUACUGUAACUACGGUAGUGCAAUUUCAUAUUGAGUUCAGUAUCAUGUCCUUCAAAAUGAAAUAAUCUUACUUAAAAACAUUUCUACCUUUACAAUGAACACCUCAAGCUUUUUUCAAUAAGCAUAUACAAUCCCAAUUAAUUUCAUCAUAGAAUUAUAUGCACAAAAUAGGUAAAGGACAAGCAUAUUUAUCAGUAAAUUUUAUUUUCAUAUAGCCUCAAAAUCAAUCAACUUGACAAUAUUGUUUUGUAUUGCCUAAAUUCUCUGAUCCAUUAAAAUGCAUUGUAGUAGUAUUUGCAAAACAAUUGGUAUCUACAGUUAAAUUAAACCUGACAUAGUGAUGCACGCACAGUAAAUGGUACAAAUACUAUGCAAUUCUGUGCCUGUCUAAAAGAAGGUUCCACUAAAUUUAGUGGAACUUGUUUCUUGAUAAAUGUUUGCAAAAUGAAAACCUAAUGUAUUGCAGUAUUAUAGACAUGAAAACCAGCUUUCCUAAUCUGUAAGCAGAUGAUAGAUGAUAGACAGAUAUACUGUCUGCUUGUCUCUUUCUAUAAUCUCAAUCUCUCUAGGCGUGGGUGCACACACACAUAUCCCUCCAAGAAAGUUGACUCACACUGCAAUAUUUUAUACUUUAAAUCCUGAAAUGAUGCUGACAUUUUGAUACUAGUACAGUUAUAGUUCAUUCUCUAUUUUCUUAUUUGCUACGUGAGCUAACAAUAGAUGUUCUAUUGCCUAUGUGACAUCAAGUCAUUGCCAACUCUUAAUAAUCAUUUUGUGGUUGGUAACAAAAGGAUACAGGUAUAGAUGAUUAACACCAAUGCUAGAUUGCCCAUUUGCAGGUUGCAAAUGGUCAAGUGACUAAUCUCCAGUUUUGUUUUGUUUUUUGCCUCAAACCAGAUAUUUCUCCUUUUAAAAAGGACUGGAGGCCAUAUUCCAGCAGUUUGUCUUGACAACUGGCAAGCCAUUAUUUGCAGUUAAAAUUUGGAUUAGCAGGCUGCCAAUUUCUGAAACUACACUAAACAUCAAGCACAAAUCCUUCUAUUAAAUACUUUUCUGAACUUAUCAUUAUUAUGGAAAAUGAAUUCCAAAUUUUCUUUUUUAAUUGAAGUACUGGCUUUUAUUCAGUAUAAAAUGAAUAAGUUGUAAUUAAAAUCCAAGCGUGGGGGUUAGUUGUAGGAUUUUGAAACUGUCAUAGAAGUAGCGCUGUGCUUUAAUUCAAAUGUUAUUUGUAAAUGAAAGAUUUGUUUUUUAAAAAAUAAAGUUACUUUAAGAUUC